CACAUGGACGAAGUAAAAGUUUAGUUGGGUUCCAGCUUUCACAAUAGGUACUUACGUGCCUAAUCAAAAUGAACGGAUCGGUAGUUUUUGUGCUUAGUGCUUUGGUUUCACUAUCUGUGGGUGACGUUACUCCGCGGCGUGAUGCAGAGUAUCCGCCACCGGAGUUUUUGGAGGCAAUGAAACCUCUUCGUGAAAUCUGCAUCAAAAAGACUGGCGUCACUGAAGAGGCAAUAAUAGAGUUCAGUGAUGGUAAAGUUCACGAGGACGAAAAUCUUAAAUGUUACAUGAAUUGCCUGUUCCAUGAAGCAAAAGUCGUCGAUGAUACCGGCCAUGUUCACCUGGAGAAACUUCACGAUGCUCUUCCCGAUUCCAUGCACGACAUCGCCCUUCAUAUGGGCAAGCGUUGUCUCUAUCCAGAGGGAGAAAACCUUUGCGAGAAAGCCUUCUGGUUGCACAAAUGCUGGAAGGAGUCUGACCCCAAGCAUUACUUCCUGAUUUAAGAAAUGCAGAACCGAAACAUGGAAAACCGUUCAAAAUAAUUGAUAAUACAGCACGUAGAAACUGUGACUAACUCUUGACAAAA